AUGGCAACUAAAUAUAAAGCGGGGUGUGCAUUUUGUCCUCCUUGCAGUGAAUUUGCAAUUGUCGGAGAAAACGACCGGGCGGUUGCUAUUAUUUGUAAUACUGCUAAAAAAGGAAUAGUUCCACUAAUGCAGGAUUUUAUUAAUAAAUUAAAGAAAAACCCGCAGGUGAUAGGCUUUUUUAUCAAUUCCAACGCUGGAAGUUCGGCAGAACAAACUGUUUUUCACACUCAUAUUCAUAUUGUUCCUGACAUGAUGGCUCACAUUAAUGCUUGUCUUGGAAAGACUUUAAAAAAGAAUGGAGAAGGUGUGAUAGAAAGUUUUAAUCUGGUUGCCCGAAUAGGAGACGGAGAACUUGGCAGUGGAGAGCACUUUUGGAUUAUUCCAAAACCUAGCAAGGAAGAAAAUGCAGAAGAACCAAAUAUUCCGAAAAAAGAUAAAACCACUGAGGAACCAAUUAAUAACGACGAGAACCGAGAACCAAAUCGAAAUGACGACAACAAUGGCAACCCCGAACCAGGAAAAGACAAAAACGAGCCACCAACUAAUAACCAAGAUUCGCCCAUUUCUGACGAUAGAGCAAAAAAAACCAUUCUGGUGGCUUCUGUCCCAGAAUUACAAGACUUAAAAAAUUAUUUAAAAUCCCAAGGAUUAAAAUCCAUUAGUGCAGCGGAGUUAGGUAUUGAUAAUAAUGAAAAAAAGCAAACUGAUAAAGCGAAAAAUCCCCCCCUGCUAAUUGUCUUUUAUUUAAUGGUAGAAACGGCUGGCAAAGAAAGCAAAGAAAAAACCAUUCAAAAUAAAGAAAUAUUAAAAAAAGAACUAACUGAAAAGGCUAAAAUAAUCAUCAAACCAAGUUUAAAAGAUGAUUUUUUACUUAUCAAUGAACCAGAUUUAGAAGGAACUUUGGAUUUAGGAGAAGGAUAUUUUAGGCUUAAAAUAUACAUUUCUAUUGGAUUAAAUGAAUACACCAAAAUUAUCAAAUGCCAAAAUGCCCAAGAGUUUAUUAAUCAGAAGUGUCCGACCAAGGAGGAAAGGGGAGAAAGAAAGAAAUUAGAACAUGAUAGAGAAAGUUUAGAUGGAGAUUGUGAUUUAAGUGACUUUAUAAAUUUAGAAAGAGCAAAUUUUAGUAGUAGCCGAUUUAUCUCCAUUAGCUUCCUAAAUACUUUACCUCAUCCUGAAAAGUUAAUAACUUUAAUUAUUUACUGCAACAACAUCCAACCUACUGACAUUGCCUUUUUUAGCAAGUUUGUUAAUUUGGAAACAUUACAAAUUGGAGCCCUAAGUUCCUCUCUUUCCGAAACCAAUUAUUUUUACGGCUCCUUAAAAUCCUUAAAAAAUCUUACUAAACUAAAACAAAUAUGUAUUGCUGGAACGGAUGUUGAGGAAGGACUAGAAUAUUUGCCUGACAGCCUAGCCCAAAGUAUUAAGAAAAAAAAUUGUCGACCUCAUCGAUCCGAUGCCAAAGUGGCUAAAAUCCAAAAUGAACUCCGUCCUUUUGAUUAUGACCUAGAAGCCUGA